CCUGUGCCAGGAUUACACAAUAGUGAAGAAGACAUCCGGUGAGUGUGAGCCACCCAGCAGCCGUCCCUGUGUGUCAGGAGGACUGAGCAGGACCCAAAGCCCCAUCCCGGUGUCUCCACCUCACUCACUGAUACAUGAGAGACACAAUGACCAGAAGAUCCUGGAACUCACCAACAAGAUCAUUCAGCUGCUGACUGGAGAGGAGGGGGAGUAUAUAGAGGAACACAGGGGUCUGUACAAGGACGUGAUGAUGGAGAAUCACCGGCCCCUCACAUCACUGGAUGGGCCCAGUAACAGAGAUACCCCAGAGAGAUGUCCCCGUCCUCUGUAUUCCCAGGAUUGUACAGAGGAGAAUCACAGGAUCCCACAGGAGGAUCAGGAUCAAAAUCUGACUGAUAUUAAGGUAGUAGCUAUAAAAGGAGAAGAAGAGACGUAUGUGACUGUUAUAAAGGCAGAAGAUACAGAGGGAGAAGAAGAGACGUAUGUGAGGGGUGACCAGCAGUGUAAGGAGGAGGAAAUCCCUACAGAUAUCAGCACAGGCACCCAUGCUACCAAAGGCAGAGGAUUGGCUCCCCCAAUAUUGCGAUUGGGCAACUGGAACUCCACUCAUGCUCUGGAGAAGAUUUCCAGUAAAGCAAAUGGGAUCCUUACUGUUUUUGCAGAUGGGCCCAGUAACAGAGAUACCCCAGAGAGAUGUCCCCGUCCUCUGUAUUCCCAGGAUUGUGCAGAGGAGAAUCACAGGAUCCCACAGGAGGAUCAGGAUGAAUACCAGUCUGAUAUUAAGGUAGAAGACAUAGGAGAAGAAGAGAUGUAUGUGACCAAUAUGAAGGCAGAAGAUAUAGAGGGAGAAGAAGAGACGUAUGUGACUGAUGUGAAGGCAGAAGAUACAGAGGGAGAAGUAGAGACGUAUGUGACUGAUGUGAAGGCAGAAGAUAUAGAGGGAGAAGAAGAGACAUAUGUGAGGGGAGAUCAGCAGUGUAAGGAGGAGGAAAUCCCUACAGAUAUCAGCACAGAUGGGCCCAGUAACAGAGAUACCCCAGAGAGAUGUCCCCGUCCUCUGUAUUCCCAGGAUUGUACAGAGGAGAAUCACAGGAUCCCACAGGUGCUUCAGACAUCAAGAGCAUCUAGCAAGAGGGUUAGGUACAGAGUAGUAGAAGAAAUUCCAUCCUGUUCCAGUGAUACUGACACUUCCAGUGAUCAUGGUGAAUGGGAGCCAGACCCGAAGGAAGAAGAAGGGAGUUUUAGUAGCUGCAGUGAAACAGACGACGAUGAUGAUGAUGAAGUAGUUGCGGUAGCAAAAGGGAAUACGAAACUCAGUACAUUGUGGAAAGCCAAAGACAAUGAUUUUGAAGGAGUCUUGCCCACAUUUGUAGGACAGCACAAAGUGAAGGUUGAGGGUACAGAACCCAUACACUUCUUUAUGCACCUAUUUUCUGAUACCAUGGUUGAUGAAAUUGUCCACAAUACAAAUUUGUACACGCUCCAGAAAAGGAAGGGAUAUCUGUCACUGACAAGCCAUGAACUGAAAUGUUUUCUUGGGAUAAAUUUGGUAAUGUCCUAUCUCAGAUAUCCCAGAUCCAGAAUGUACUGGUCUUCAAAUGAAGGGCUACGUUUUGACCUGAUUGCAAAUGCCAUGCCUGUAUACAGAUUUGAAGAGAUUCUCCGGUACCUUCACUUUGUAGACAAUUUUGCUCAACAGCCAGGAAACAAAGACAAACUUUGCAAAAUUCGUCCUGUGUUGGACAAACUCGAGGCAUCCUUUAGUGGAGCAGUUGAUCCUGAAGAGUUUCAGUCUGUUGAUGAGCAAAUCAUUCCCUUCAAGGUCCAUCAGUCCAUCGGUCAGUCCAUCGGUCAAUCCAUUCCCAAGAGAUCCAAGCCAUUGGGUUUGAAGAUGUGGGUGAGAGCAGGAACAUCUGGGUACACGUAUAGGUUUGAGUUGUAUCAAGGAACAAGUGGAGACAGGGAUGAAGUUAGUGCAUUGGGCAAAAGUGCUGCUGUUGUUCUUCGCUUGUGUGAUGACAUACAAAACAAAAAUCACAAGGUCUUUUUUGGCAUUCCAUUUUGUACCAUUCCUCUUCUCCAGAAGUUACGUAACCAGGGCAUCUAUGCAACAAGUACAUGUAGUGCUAACAGUAUCAUUGGGGCACAGUCAAAGUUGAAGACUGAGAAACAGCUGAAGGAAGAAGGAAGAGGUGCAUCAUCAGUUGUUACCAAUGGUGAAAACAUCUCCAUUACACGAUGGCUAGAUGGUUCAGUGGUCCAUGUUGCAUCAUCCUGUGCAGGCAUUCAGCCACAAGAUUCUGCCCAGAGGUGGAGCAAAAAAGAAAAGGAGUUGAUCCACAUCCCUCGACCCUUUGCUGUUAAACUGUAUAAUACGCACAUAAGGGGAGUGAAUCUCAUGGAUCAGUGUGUGGCGAUGUACCCACACAGACGCAAAAACAGGAGAUGGUACAUUCGGGUCUUCUUUCACUUUCUUGACGUGACUUGUGUAAACGCAUGGCUGCUGUACCGAAUGUCUGGAUUCAAUGACAUGAAUCUGUUGGAUUUCAAAGCAUCCAUUGCUCGAGCAUUGAUCAACGCUGGCUGUAUGGAGCAGCGUCGAAGAGAGAGGUCAAGUGAGACACCACCUCCGUUGAAGCGCAGGGCGGUGUCAAAGGCACCUCCUGAAAUCAGGUUUAGUGUGGGACAUCAUUGGCCAAAGCUUACAGAUGCAAAGCAUGCUAAUAGGUGCCACGAUGUAGCUUGUACACGUAAAACGAAGUACAUCUGCAUGCAGUGUCUCGAGCCGUUGUGUCCAGGGUGCUUCUCCAACUUUCACACCAAGCGUUGAAAUUGGUCAAAUUCAGUUCAUGAAUAAGGCAAACGUUCUAGGUAUGAAGCAAACUCAGAAGUAAAUGUAAAUAUUUGGACAUUUUUUGUUUCCUGAUGAAUAUAUCCAUAAGCAGGCGUAACAAUGUAUUUUCAAUUUAGACGAUUGUUUUUGGAGAAAAAAUUACAUAUGUAUAACUUUUAUAGUUUUAUAAAGUUAUAGUGUUUUUAAAAAAAAUACUUCUUGUGUUUUUAUAAGCACUCCCUAAUAAAAAAUUUUUUUUUUUUUAAAUCUUGCAUUAGGUGAUAAUUUAUUCAUGAAAGGGUUAAUGUAGAACAGUGGUGGCCAACCUGUGGCUCUUGAGCCACAUGCGGCUCUUUCUUUCUUCAAAUGUGGCUCCUAACACACAAAGUCACAUGACCACAACAGAUCUGGUAACCACUGCUCUCUCUAAAAAAACACGCAGCAGCAUUACGGGGACUUAGAACUGAGGGAUCCAGAUACUAGAGAUGAGACACCCACCAGCAAACAGAGGACACAUAAGGGACUGCUGCAGUGGCAUGAAUUGGGGGAAGCUGAAGUGACACAUGAGGGUGCUGGCUGAAGUGACAGGAGGGUGCUGGCUGAAGUGAUAGGAUGGUGCUGGUUGGAGUGACAAGAGGGUGCUGGUUGGAGUGACAAGAGGGUGCUGGUUGGAGUGACAAGAGGGUGCUGGUUGGAGUGACACAUGGGGGUGCUGAAGUGUAUUAUGUGGAUCUGGCUUUUUCAAUGUAUUUUAUACCAGUGGCGUGGCCUAGAAGGCACAAGGCCACACCCCAUUUUUGCAUGUGCGCCGUCGGCUCUUUGACAUACCUAACACAUUUUUUUUGGCUCUUUGUCUCUGACUGGUUGGCCACCCCUGAUGUAGAAGAUAUAAAAGGAGAAGAAGAAACUAUUUAAUUGAUGUAAAGGGAGAAAAACGGACACUUGUGUGCAAAAGUCUUUGGCCAACGCCUAUAUGUUUACUUAUAUUGCUUUAUCUUAAUGAAUAUCAACUUUAAUUGCUCCCUAAAAUCAUUAUCAUGAUUAGAAACGAGACUUCAGGACUUUACUUCAAAUGUACUAUACAUAAUUUGGCAUAUUAUUUGUAAACAGAAGCUUAUUGCAUUUUCAGCGCAUUUCAAGUUUUUUGAGACGGUCAUUAAUAAAUCUGGUCAUUAAUAAA